AUGGUGGAUGAUUCAAAGGUCAAGGUUCCAAUGGCGUUUGAAACGAAGCUUACUCCAUCCUUAGACAAGCCAACAGCAAAUCUAACAUUAUUUCAAAAGGUGAUUGGAUCUUUAAUGUUUCUAACAUUAAGUCAACCUGAUAUUAUGUUUGCAGUUUGUUAUUGCGCUAGGUUUCAGACAAAUCCCCGUGAACCACAUAUGGUAGCUGUAAAGAACAUAUUCAGAUAUCUCAAAAGAACAACCUCACUCGGAAUAUGGUACCCAUCUAACUCCAGAUUCUUUGUCCAAGCAUAUUCUGAUGCUGAUCUUGGUAGAUGCGGUCUUGAUCAUAAAAUUACAACUGAGGGAUGUCAGUUUCUGGAUGGAGAACUAGUUAGUUGGCAAUCUAAGAAGCAAACAUGCAUCUCCUUAUCCACUGCUGAAGCCGAGUAUAUCACAGCUGCCUCGUGUACUUCUCAAGUAGUAUGGAUUCAAAGUCAGUUUAGAGAUUAUGGGAUUAAUAUGAAAAGGAUCCCUUUAUAUUGUUAUUCAGAUAUUUCAAAUGAUCAUGGGAAGGCGAAGGCAUGA